UGGAGUGUUUGUUCAGUCGGCAGACAGUCAGAAGGACCGAAUCCCGGCGGCCGUUUGGAGAGUCUGAGCGGGGGAAAAACUGCUUCCAGUACUGGAGAACUCAGAAAGAGGAUUUCGCAAUGAGUUGGGGAACGGAGCUCUGGGACCAGUUCGAGAAUCUGGACAAACACACUCAAUGGGGGAUUGACUUUCUUGAGCGCUAUGCAAAGUUUGUCAAGGAGAGACUGGAGAUAGAGCAAAACUAUGCCAAGCAGCUACGGAACUUGGUGAAGAAAUAUUGUCCAAAGCGCUCCAAAGAUGAGGAGCCGAGGUUCACGUCAUGUCUGUCUUUCUACUCCAUACUCAAUGAGCUUAAUGACUAUGCUGGUCAGAGGGAGGUGGUGGCGGAGGAGAUGGCUCACAGGGUUUAUGGCGAGCUGAUGAGGUACAGCCAGGACCUGAAAGCUGAGAGGAAGCAUCAUCUACAGGAGGGCAGAAAGGCCCAGCAGCAUUUGGAUCACUGCUGGAAACAGAUGGACAAUAGUAAAAAGAAAUUUGAAAGAGAGUGCAAAGAAGCAGAGAAGUCCCAGAUCACCUACGAGCGGCUAGAUAAUGACAUCAACGCCACCAAAUCAGAGGUGGAGAAGGCCAAAGCUCAGUUCUACAUGCGCACUCACGCGGCUGAUGAGAGCAAGAACGAGUACGCCGCUCAGCUCCAGAGCUUCAAUGCAGAGCAGUGGAAACAUUUCCACAGUGCCAUACCACAGAUCUUUAAGAAUCUGCAGAACAUGGAUGAACGUCGGACGGUAAAGCUUGGAGAGACAUAUCGAAGCUUUGCUGAGGCAGAGCGGAGAGUUAUUCCCAUCAUCUCCAAAUGUCUAGAGGGAAUGGUUUCAGCUGCCAAGGCUGUAGACGAGCGAAGGGAUUCAGCAAUAGUUGUGGAGUCAUUCAAAUCUGGCUUUGAACCUCCUGCUGACUUCCCCUUCGAGGACUUCAGUCAGAAUUUGAGCAGAACGGGCUCAGAUGGUACCAUCAGCAACACGCCCAAAGGAGACAACCGAGAGCGAGACGGGGCACCGGGGCCACGAUCUGAUCCGAAACACCCCAUGAGCAGAACCAAGAACAAGCUCUGGCUGUUUGGGAAGAAACCAAAGUGGUCAGUGAAGAUGGCACCGUCCCUGGAGGAUUUCAGCCACUUACCUCCUGAGCAGAGGAGGAAGCGACUGCAGCAGAGGAUUGAUGAACUCAACAGAGAGCUCCAGAAAGAGAUGGAUCAGAGAGAUGCUCUGAACAAGAUGAAGGACGUGUAUGAGAAGAAUCCUCAGAUGGGAGACCCCAACAGCCUGCAGCCCAAAAUAUCAGAGACCAUUUGUAACAUGGAGAAACUGCGCUCCGAAAUCCACAAAAAUGAGACGUGGUUGUCUGAGGUGGAGGGAAAGCAAAGCUCCAGAGGAGACAGAAGGCACAGCGCUGAUAACCAUCACCAUGGUCCUCAAGGCAGAGAGAGCCCUGAGGGCAGUUACACAGACGACACCAGCCAGGAGCAUCAAACGCCUCAUCACCGGCCCGGUCCAGCGCAGCCUCGACAUCCCAACCCCGACCCACACGAGUUCGACGACGAGUUCGACGACGACGACCCUCUGCCUGUCAUCGGACACUGCAAAGCGCUCUACUCGUUUGACGGUCAGAACGAGGGCACGCUAGUGAUGGCAGAAGACGAGGUGUUGUACAUCAUCGAGGAGGACAAAGGCGACGGGUGGACGCGGGCGAGGAAGCAGAGCGGGGAGGAGGGCUACGUUCCCACUUCCUACGUAGAAAUCACGCUGGAGAAAAACAGCAAAGGUUCCUGAGGGGCCGCAGAGUGGCCGGGCGGUUUGAUUGGCUGGUGGAGGGCUCGUGCUGAUUGCUGAUUAUUGGUGCUGGGGAGGGUGACUAAGAAAGAGAGAGAGCGAAAGAGCGGAAAAGGGAGAGAGGGAGGUGGAGGAGGUCGGAGAUUAGGCGAGCUGCCGGGGAGGUUUGCAUGUCUGCAUGCUCACGUGUCCAUAAGCAGCAAAGCAUUCUGGGCUUUCAGAGGAGGGAGGUAGAAGAGAUGAUGCCAAAGCCACCAACAAGCAAUAAAGGAUUUAAUAUCUUCACGUGAGAUCCAAACCCACCUCUGAGCUGUGGACCGUUUUUGUCUUUCAGGGUCGGAAGUAGCAACCAGAGCAGUUUAUUAGCUACACCAAGCUCAGCUGCAUGCAGUCCUGACAUUAAGUAAGAAUUGUAAAGACUUUAUGUUGAAACUACAGAAAGCUCCGGAUUUUACUAACUACUUCCUGUUAAACCAUCAUAAGCAGCUUCAGUAAAAUCUGAGCAUCGAUCUUUUAUUUCUGUGCCACGCUGCUCACUUUGUGGGCUUUUAUGUCGAGCUGCCCUGUUCUGACCUUGUAUCGAUGGGUCACCUGUAUCACGUACAAAUGUGACUAAAUAUAAGAAAUGGAUUUUAAAGGUAGGUUAGGACCACUUCUGCUUCUGCUUGGUGAACCUAAUAAACUGAUUAGUUUUACAUUUCUUGAAUUUAUCUUUUAGUGUUAAAUAUCAGCUUAUCCUUUCUAUAAAUUACAUUACUCUCUGUACCUGCUGGACACACUGUUUGGGGGCAAGUCUUAAAAACUUUCUCCUAUAAUAACAAAGUUGUUUUUUAUAAGUUCCCCACAAGUACAACUUGUUCCCACCUUGCUGGUUUAUUUAUUUAAAAUUUUCUCACCAUAUUUUUUAAAGUGUAUCUCUCUCACACACACACACACACACUUUCUCCCAGACUUUGGGUCCAGCUUGUGGCAAGAUUUAAAUAAAUAAAUUAAAAAUAACAGCAGACGUCAGAGGCCACGCCAGGGUUUUCUUAUCUUUCAGGGUCAGGUGCUCAUCCAGCAUUUGCUGCCACUAACAACAGUCAGUCCUGUACCGCUCCUGCUCACUCCUCAUCCUUAUCUGUGCUGUGUUGGUGAUGUCUGCCUGCCUGAGCCACUCUGCUCCUCGUUGCCUGCC